GGCCCAAAGGCCCGAUUAAAUUAUACCUCUGCCUUUGUGUCCCGGGCAAAAAAACAACCUAAAUAAGGCGAAGUCGCGAACUCCACAUUCCACAUCUUUCACUCUUUUUGCUCCGUCGCGUUUCGCCGCUCUGCAGCCACCUUCACCUCCGGAAACUCCAUCGGAGCCAAACCUCCACCAUCUAUUUCUAACAGCCAAGAUGCUGUUCUUCUCCUACUUCAAGGAGUUGGUGGGCCGAGAAGUCACUGUGGAGCUCAAGAACGACCUUGCAAUCAGGGGCACGCUUCACUCCGUGGAUCAGUAUCUCAACAUAAAGCUUGAGAAUACUAGGGUUGUUGACCAGGACAAGUACCCCCACAUGCUUUCAGUGAGGAACUGUUUCAUCAGGGGGUCAGUUGUGAGAUAUGUUCAGCUACCUCCAGAGGGAGUUGAUGUAGAGCUGCUGCAUGAUGCCACCAGAAGGGAAGCUCGGGGUGGUUGAAAUUCAUUUCAGUUAGAUGCUGUUUGAGCACUCAAGUAUCGUUGUUUUUGCUACAUGUGUAUUUUCAUUCCAAUACCUUCUGUAUUGUGAAAGACGGCAUCUCCUAUUAGACAAUAGCAGUGUAUCCCUGUGAUCUGUACUAAUCAUUUUGAACUUUGUGCAAGUUAGUUUCUACAAGUUUGAUGAAAUGCAGUACAUGUUUUAAUAUCCAUG